AGUCAUCCUGUUUUCGUCGUCGCAAACAUUAAAAAAAGUCACGUAAAUUAACUCGCUCGUCACAGAAAAUCCCGCAAAAUGAUCAUCACGGUGAAAAAUCUUCAGCAGCAAACGUUUCAAAUUGAGUUUGAUGCCUCGCUGACGGUUGCGAAGCUCAAGGAAAAGAUCGAAGCUGAGCGCGGCAAAGAUUAUCCAGUGUCACAACAGAAGCUCAUCUAUUCAGGUCUUAUUUUGGACGACGAACGUACGGUUGAGUCAUACAAAGUCGACGAGAAAAAGUUCAUCGUCAUCAUGAUAACAAAGAAAUCCGAGGGAAGUGAGCCUGCUGCCGCUGCCAGUUCUGCGGAUGCCUCUGUUGCUGCCAAAAAGGAGACUGAAAAGAAGCCGGAACAAAGUAGCCCAGCAAAAGCGACAAAACCCGAAGCAACGCCCGCGGAAUCAACACCAACUACCGAAUCAACAGGAGCUUCGGGAACAACGCCAGCCGCUGCUACGGAUUCAGAUUCGUCGGUAACACGCGCCGCUGAAUCCGCUCUUUUGCUCGGGGGCGACGAAUACGAAACGACAAUUACGAACAUCAUGGAAAUGGGUUACUCGAGAGCAGAAGUCGAACGUGCGUUGCGUGCCAGUUUCAACAAUCCAGAUCGUGCCGUCGAAUAUUUGCUUACGGGCAUCCCCGAGUUUAUGGAGCCUCCAGCUGGCGGACAAGCAGAAACGGGCGAACGACAAGAUCCCGUUGGAGCGGCGAGAACUGAAGGCGGCGAUGAUCCUUUGGCAUUUUUACGAAUGCAACCACAGUUCCAACAAAUGCGAUCUGUCAUACAACAAAAUCCAGAACUUUUGAAUGCUUUAUUACAACAGAUUGGUCAGACAAAUCCCGCACUUUUGCGACUCAUCAGUGAGAAUCAAGAAGCUUUUGUAAAUAUGCUGAAUGAGGCGCCCGAAGCAGGAUCCGGCGGAGGAAAUGCUGCGUCUGUAGCAGAAGCUGCGGAAAAUUUAGUUAAUCCUCCGGAGGGAAUUCCGCGCGAAAAUGUCAUUGCUGUCACACAACAAGAUCGUGAAGCAAUUGAUCGGCUCACAGCACUUGGAUUUGACGAACAAAUGGCCCUUCAAGCGUAUUUCGCAUGUGAGAAAAAUGAAAAUUUAGCUGCUAAUUUCUUACUAUCUCAAAAUUUCGACGACUAAAAUAUGUGUUUCAAGUCAUAAAUACAUUUAUAUUUAGAAAAAAACAUAAUAAGAUGGAGGAUUCAAUAAAAAAAAUAAUGAAAAAAAAAAAUAAUGAUAGUGCAUUAAAAACAUUUUCAUAUAAAAAAAAAUAAAAUAACGAGAAAACACAGGAUUUUAUUUGUUUUGGGGACCUUUAACUUAAUAAAUCCAUAAAAAAAUAUGCAAAAAUAAAAAAAAAUCACUUAACAAGGGGAAAAAUUGCCCUACUUGGAAAGCACUUUAGGAAACGGCUUGAGAUUUUGUCAAAAUCAAAGAAGAAAUUUUUUUGAAACUUGAAUAAAAAAAAAAUAUUAAGAGUUUUGUUUUUUGUUUAAUUGUUUUUUUUUUGUAAAUUUUUUAGAUUUUUUUUUUUGUAAAAAUUGUGAAAAAUCACAAGAUAUUUUUUAAAAUGUAACUUUAAUAUUUUUCACUUUUAUCGCUUUUUUAUACUAUAAAAGUUAAGAAAAAAAAUUAAAAAAAAAAGAUAAAAUAGACAAAUAAUGCUAAAAAACAUAAAAAUAGCGAUAAUUGAACAGAAAUGUAUAUGAUUGACCCAAAUGUUUCAUUUUAUCUGCAAUAAA